GACGUGUCUGUAGUGUCAAACAGAGGGAUGUAGAAAUGAUCAGAAAGGCUUCACUUUCAAAGCUAACUAAUAGCUUAUAGUAGCUUGCAGCGAUUUCUUGGCUGAUAUGGUCAUUGGAGUCAAAUAGGUGGCGUAGAGCUUCGUUUCUUCGAUCGUCUUUAUGUGAGAUAAACUGGUUCAACUUACUUUAAGUCUGCGACAUUGUCGAGCUAACUUAGCAAUAGUUGAGCUAACUGGAGUCGCUUGACUAAGCAUUAGUAUGGUAAUAUUAACGGAUGAAAAACAGGCACUGCUAACGUUAUCUAGCCGCUCAGGGUAGUUCUCCUAUUUAGCGUUUCGCUUACAGCCGGCCAGCUGGCAGAAGAACCAGUAACGACGGGAGAGGAAGAUGUCUCGGAGGCGGCUGGACAGUCGCAGCGGACUCCCCGCUGGACUUCUCGGAGAAAUUCAGACCCCGAUCAGCACGGAGCCAGUGGAGAGUGUGUAUGAAGUCACCGGAGAGCUUGGACGGGGGAAGUUUGCUGUGGUCAAGCGCUGCGUGGAGAAAAUCACGGGGAAAGUUUUCGCUGCCAAGUUCCUACGAAAGAGGAGGAGAGGUCGCGACUGCCGUGCAGAGGUGGUUCACGAGAUGGCCGUCCUGGAGGUGGCCCGUAACAACGUUCGAGUGGUCAACCUGCAUGCUGCCCAUGAGACGGAUCAUGACGUCAUCUUAAUACUGGAAUACGCGGCGGGCGGAGAGAUAUUUGACCACUGUGUGCCCGAGGAGCUGCUGCCAGAGGCUCAGAUCACCCGCCUGAUCAGACAGACCCUGGAGGGAGUCCACCACCUCCACCAAAGCAGCCUGGUUCACUUGGACUUGAAGCCCCAGAAUAUCCUCCUGACCAGCCUGUCUCCUCCAGGAGACAUAAAGAUUGUAGACUUUGGCCUGGCACGCCGACUGGGCGCGACCGGAGAGCUCCGAGAGAUUCUUGGCACACCUGAGUAUGUGGCUCCAGAGGUCCUUAAUUAUGAGCCAAUCACAACAGCGACUGACUUGUGGAGCGUGGGGGUCAUAGCCUACAUGCUGGUGACGGGUGAGUCUCCGUUCGCUGGGGACGACAAGCAGGAGACAUAUCUGAACGUGUCCCAGGUUAACGUGGACUACAGCAGAGAGACCUUCUCCAGGGUGUCCGAGCUGGCUGUGGACUUCAUUCGCAAGCUGCUGGCCAAAGCUCCCGAGGACCGGCCCAGCGCUGCAGAGUGCAUGAGCCACCCCUGGCUGUGGCAGCAGCAGUUUUGCCUGAGCCCAGAGCCCGUCGCCAUUCGCACCGUCCGUGAAAGAAGCUGCGGCACCAAGUGGGCGGCCCCGCUUGAAGACCCCGAAGACAAAGAGAACUUCCUGGAGUCGAGCCACUCUCAUGCAAAAAGGUUUCGCUUGGACGAAGAGACGCCUGCCGCUGGAGACGGUGACCUUUGAGCAAAACAGAGCGGAGGCAGAGAUAGCCGCCUCUUUCUCUGAGCUUUUAAAUUAUUUUAAGCUUCCAGAAAGCCUUUUGUCUGCCAACCACCACUUGAGUACUUAAGCUGUGAUUUUAAUAUGGUAACUGAUCCAGUUCAAUGUGGACCACUCAAGCCAAAGACGUUUUAUGAUCUGUUGAUGCAGUAAGUUUAACCUGAGGUAUUUAACUUCUUCACAAGAAAUUAAGUUGCUCCCGUACUGAUUAUGAAGGCUAGUGUGUAGUGUUUGUAGGCAAAUCUGUGCAAUACUCUUUAAAUCUUUGCUUUAAGGUAGGAAGUGUUUGAAGUCGCCCCCUAGUCCCUGUGUCGUUGCACAGGUUCCUCAGCAGAUAAGUGAUAUCAAGAUAAGCACUUCUGCUAUGAGGAAGUGUCAACAUGUCCUUAUUUGUAUGUAGAAGAGAGUGAAGGACGCAGGCCAGUAGAAGCUGGUGUCAAACGUGCUGCUGUCCAUGUCGUUUCACCAGCAGAAUUCCACAUUCCUUUUCCCUUGAUGUCAACCUUCCAUUUCCUUAUGCACGGAGUUUAAAUGUAGCUCAGAACUUUAGUUCAGAUUGGAUUUAAUGACCUAACCUUUGUUUAGCAGCCAUGAAAUGAACGCAAAGCCUUUUAAUCUCCGUCUUAAUCAGAGUGUUUAGUUUAGCUCGUCUUUAGCGUGAGCAGCUAAUGGUGACAUUUCUGGCCUGUUGUGACUCAAACUGUUGCUUCUCGUGCCACGCCCACAUUUACUCAAAUGAUUUCCUCAGCCGACCCAAGUUCCUCAGGAGAAACACGACUUUAGCACUUACUUCAUCAGCGUGCAUGUUGAAGUGAUAAACAAGAGGGGAGCUAUUUGUGAAAGUGUGAUUCAUUCUCUCACUAAAGCCAUUCAGCUGAAGCUACUGCAGUCCUCCUGGGUCAGGGUGCCUGAAGUCGCCUCUUCCUGUUUUCUUCUCAGGGUGUGCAGCUCACUCUAUCCUCUUUGUUUUGUAUUCUUAAUGUUAUUCUUAUAGCCUUAUAAUUAUUUAUGUGCUGGACUUAUACUUUGUUUUUAUGUAAAUAAGCUCAUGCAUCUUAAGAAGUGUCACGAUUAUGGAUUGUGGAUGUGAAGUGGGAUAAAUGGAAAGUUGGAAGAUGGAAGGAAUGGUUUGUUUUCUAGAUGAGAACUUGAAAGUAAUGCAGAUGUGAAAACUGAGACGAGUCAGGUGGAUUUAGGUAAAAGGUUUGACAUGAAGGAGACUGAAAUGUCUGAUUUAAAAGAAUAGCUUGACACUUUAGGUGUUAAGUGUGUCCCAACUAUUUCUUUUAGCUAUGUGGGCAAUAAGAAAGUAGGGAAGGAAUUUAUAGUAGAAAGAAAAAACAAGUUGUUAGUCCUGAGAAUCGUGACAGAACCGCUGUUGUAAGGUGCUACAUACACACAGGAUUUGCCAUCUUUUGUUCAAGACUGAACUGAAACAAAACCUCGCCUCCCUGAAGGCGUGGCUCCGGCAACUCGGAUGGCUCCUAACCCCCAGCAACAUUCCUCCUCUCGUGUCGAGGUGCCAAGCCAAAUAGGACCACAUUGUGUUUGUUUGUCGUUGUAGUCACCAGCAGGGCACAAUGGGCUUUGUGCGGUAGAAGGGCGUCUCCAGCCACGGCCAUGCUCUCAUCCCUAUGCUGUCAUCCUUGAAAACUGGAACAGCACACUGUAAAAGAUUUUCAUCUCAAGGAUUUAAACCAGCAGAGUUCAGUCAGUCUGUUUGAUGCAGUCACAAAGGCUGCGGUGCUUUUAGCUGCUGUAUGAGCAAAGAAGCUUGAAUCUGACUAAAUCUUGACUCUGUGAUACCUCUAUAGAAAGUGUCCUUCAUCCAGACUGAAGCUCUGGAAGCAGUAAACAGACUGGAAGAUGAAGGUAGCUGAAUCUGGAGUAGGUGGGCUGGUUUCUGCUGCUUCGCUGUGUGAUGAAACGCUCAGACAGAAGCAGCAGCUCCGGCUCGCUGCCAUCGUUUAUGUUAGAACACGACUUGUGCUGUAGAGCUGAGGUUGUCGUAGAGCUUUUGUACUGUUAUUUUCGGUGUGAACACCCAUUGUCUGAGGGGGGGGGGGGGGGGGGGGGCUCAGCCGCUGACAUUCCCAUUUGCUCCGUUUGAGCAUGAAGGAUACUGUAUGUGUUGUAUGUCAAACCAGCCCCAAGCACAAGCAAAGAAAUGUCUGAGAUGUGUCUUUAUUUUGCAUUUUAUAUAUAUUUUUUAAUGUAUGAGCGUUCUGAUUGCAUCUGACUUAAAAACAAAAAAGACAUAAUCUGUAUACUGAUCAACUGCAAGCUAAUAAGUAGACACCACAAAGAAACUGGAAAAGCUCAUUAAAGAUAGUAGAAAAUA